GUUAGUGUGCUUUUAGAAUUGACGACAUUAAUUUUAUAUGCGGUGGCAUUACUUUAGAGGCUGUUAUACUCGAUCAAUUCCAACUUGAGUCGGUGAACCAAAUGCUCGAAAAUAAAUAAACCACAUCACCGUAGAUUGUAUCUGUUGAUGGUCAUAACCGGCCCAGGCUUUCUGGAGUACGUUAGCAGGUCUGUUUGCUGUCUCUCCCUUUCGCGGGGGAAUAGAACUUGUUUUCUACGAGGCCUUUUUCAGUCGGACUUCCUUCAUUCCGCGUCCGAUCCUUAGUUCAGCGACCAUGUCUGGAAACGCUAGUUCGACGGUUUACAUAGGUAAUUUGGACGAGAGAGUGACCGAUAGGGUUUUAUAUGAUAUUUUAAUUCAAGCCGGGCGGGUGGUGGAUUUAUACAUUCCGAAAGAUAAGGAAACUGAUAAAUCCAAAGGGUAUGCUUUUGCAGAAUAUGAAACUGAGGAGAUUGCAGAGUAUGCUGUAAAGCUUUUCACGGGCCUUGUGGUUCUUUAUAAUCGGACUUUGAAAUUUGCGAUUUCUGGGCAAGAUAGACCUUCUCAAAGUCUUCAAAAUGGACCUAUAACCGCAUUAAAUAACAAGCCAAGGCCACACCCUUCUUUUCCCACAAACAAUGUAGAUAUCUCUCAUCAAUCUAUGAGGUUGUCUGCAACUUGCAGGGUUUCGGCUUACCCUCACAAUUAUUCCCAAGUGCCAGUUUCCCAUGGUGUAACAUACCAUCAUAAUGGAUAUGGGUCUCAAUUCAAUGGCAUCAAUUAUGAUAGUGGUCGAAGAGUUGUUGGGUCCCCUUUUGAUACCGUUAGCCGUUUUAGGUCACGUCGCUAUGAUUCGAGUAACCAUGCAUCAUACCCCUCUUAUUGAUAGCAUGUGAUAUUUUAGAGAUUGAAACUCAUCUGUGAUUAUGAAAUUCUUGCUUCUGUGUAAUCAGUCAGUCUGGCAACUUAAGUAAUCUACUUGUGAAUAUGUGCAACAUUAGUCAAAGAUGCUAUAUUAUUCUGUCUAGAUGCCUUAGACAGGAGGAGGGCCAGUUCGUUAUUGCUCUUCUUAAUUUGUUGUUGUUGUAGUCUAUUUGGCAAUGCAUUUGAACUUAAAUGGCAUGAACUAUGAAAUCUCAGUGCACAGUUUUUCUAGUGGUUUCUACUUAA